UGUAAAGCAAACUUACAAUUUGUGAUUGCGAUAUAUUUUAUUUAAAUUAAAUAUAAAUGCUAUCAUUAUUUAUUAUUAUCUAACUAUGUAUGAGUAAUGUUUAUGUAUGUUAUACACGUCGUAUAUACAUCAUAAUAAAUGUUCUACCUACCUACUAUUAAUUAAUUUAUUUUUAUUAUUAAACUCUAAUGAAUUAUUGUUAUAUACUGACACCAAAGACUCAAUACUCAUUGUUUCUAUAAAUACUUUUGUGAUUAAACAAAUAGAUGAACAAAUUAUUUUUAAUGUUUCAUCAAGUGUAUACUUGUAGUUCUAUCAAAAUAUUCAAAUAGAUGGAAGAACUGCCUGCGAUACUAGAUCUUCUGAAAUCAACUGUAGAAUGUUUGUCUAUGUCCGCUCAAACCAAUACUUGGGAAGUAUGUGGUGGCUUAGAUCGACUACAUUCAAUUAUGAUGAAUAUUUUUAGUCAUGGAUGUUUAACAAUAAAUUCAAAUGCUGAAGAUGCUGUUUGGCAUUUUAUUCAAGGAAUCAAUUGGUUGCACCCAACAAUAGCAUCAUUAUGCACAUUUUCUAGAAAUACAUGCCCUAAAAAUGAAAAUUUGGAUAAAUCAUCAUUAUGGAUAUAUAAAAGUCUUGAAAACCAUUCACUAUCUGAAAAACUUGGAUUAUUAUUGUCUGACAAAGAUCAUCUGUAUAAAUGUUAUAAGCCAGAAGCUUUUUUAUGUCAAAAGGAGUAUAGCGAUGCUGCAUUAUUAUGUCUAAGAGCUGUUGAACUGAAUCAACCUUCUUUAUUACUGGAAAUUAAUCCUAAAUUAUAUUUAAAUUAUUCAUCUAAAAGUGAACAUUGUACUACUUUGCCAAAAUCGAAGUAUAAGCAAACACACAGUAGAUAUUUCAAACAAUUGGGUUCAUUAACAAAUAUCUUGAAGUAUAAAUCUUCUGAAAACAUCAAUGAACAUAAUAUGAAUACUGAACAUCAUAAUGAUUUACCUAAGCAUAAAAUUAAACACUUGUCUAAAAGACAAUGUUAUAAAAGUUGGCCCGAUAUUUAUAAGACAUUUGAUCAACUAAAACUCAGACGGUCAUUGAGUUUUGACACAUUGCAAACAUCUGACUACUCAUUAGAUUAUACCCUUAAGGCUGCAACAAUAGAAACUACAGCACAGGUUUUGCUCCCUAAGUUAUUGGAUGUAAAUUAUGAACAGCUUUUAAACGAUAAUGACAAUCCAAACAAACAUCAGAUAUUGAAUAGUGAUUUACCCAAACGAACUAAACGACAGUCAAAAUUGUUAACACUCCCAUUGAAAAUAUUAGAAGAAUCUGAUGACGAUACUCGAAGCAAUAUCUCUGAUGGAUCCAGAACUUUAAUACCUUAUGAUGAAUUUCCACCUUCUAAGUAUGUGGGAACAUUUGGACUAGUAUCUUCAUAUUUUCCUGAUCAAGAUUUGUUCAAAUUUUUAUCUUCUGGACAGUUCCUUCAAGCCAAUGCUGAACUUGAUCGUGAAAAUGCACAUUUCAAAAUUUCUGAAGCAAUCAUUGGCACAAUUGAACAAAUUAAAUGUAAUCAAAAACUGAAAUUCACUGACGAGGUGAUCGAUGAGAGUGACGAAGAGAUAAAUCGGCUGAAACACAGAAUCCGUUGUCGGCGUAGACAAAAGUUACAGAUCGAACAGACGCCGACGGCCGGCACGUCGUCUUCCGAUUGUUUAACCGAAUCCACGAUGAGUUCGCUGACGUCUUCUUACUGCUCAACUACAUCUAGCAUGUCUACCACGGAUGAUAUGGACGAUUUCGAGUUAGAUGAUGACAGCAUCUGUUCGUCAAUGUUCUCUGUGUGUAGUUCGUCGAUGGGCUCAUUGCCGUACUCGAAUGCAGACCGGACGCGAUCGGCUAGCGUGUGCUCGACGGUCACGGCAGAAAGCGUUGCGCGAUCAUUGAUCCGCCAGAUUAGCCAAAAGAACAACUGGCCCGUUGACGUCAAUGUCCAGUGGCUAAUAUCAGAAAAUGAUGUCCCACAACGAAUUUUACCUUUGCCAUCGAGCUGGCCCGUCAACCCGUUUGAGCCCACUGAUGAUCGUUUAGAGACUUCAUCUCGCUUGCGAGGCACUAGUGAUUGGGCGCCACCACGACCGCAAAUUAUAUUCACUAGUCAUCCGUCACCAAUUAGGAAAAACAUAAUGGAAUUACAAGGUUAUAGAUGUGCUGGUUGUAGCAUGAAAGUAGCAGUAAAGUACGCUUCGAAGUUUCGUUAUUGCUUUUACUUGGGUCGGUAUUUUUGCACAGGGUGUCAUGUAGAUAAAACUGCCAUCAUACCCGGUCGGAUAAUCGGAAAAUGGGAUUUUUCGAAGUAUCCGGUGUCGUGUUUCUCAUUCAAUCUGCUUGAAAAAAUACUAUUCGAUCCAUUAUUCAACAUAACAGACUUGAAUAGCGUUUUGUACAAGCGCGCCCGAGGCCUAGACAAAGUUCGAACGUAUCGGAUGCAAUUAUAUUAUAUCAAAGAUUUCAUAUUCUUAUGCAGAUAUGCCGACAGAUUAAAAGAGUCAUUGGAAAUUUUGGACGCUCAUAUAAUACUUAAGCCGGACCUGUAUUCAAUCCAAAACUUGGUGGAUGUCAAAAAUGGAGAGCUCAGUAAAAAGUUACAAAACCUUAUUCUUGUCUGUAAUAAGCACGUUAUAAAUUGUCAGUUGUGCCAAGCAAGAGGGUUUGUUUGUGAAAUAUGCAACAACAACAAAAUACUUUUUCCUUGGGACUUUAGAUUGGUUACAAGAUGUGUGGACUGUGGGUCAUGUUACCACAAGAAAUGUUAUGAUUCAAGAAAAGUACCGAUGUGCCCCCGGUGCCCUAGGAUCAUGGCUAUGUUUAAAAGAACAGAAAGUCAAAAUGAUCAGAAUACUGUUGUACAGUCCUGAAAUAUGGCAGCAAAUUGGUUUCUAUCAUAAUCAACCAAAUGUAUUAAUUUAUAACAUUUUAUUUUUGAUUCUCUAUUUUUUUAUUACCUAUCUUAUUAGUAUUCUCAUAACUAUUUAUUAUAUUGUAGAUUGUAGAACAUACAAAAACACGACAACAAUGGUAAUUAUUUAAUAAAUAUAUAAAUAAUUAUUAAAUUAUAUAACUCUGGAAAAAAAAUAUUA